CAAAAACGCGGGAAACUCCUAACAGUCCACGAGACGUCUACCGAGAUAUACUAUACAAGAUGUUUCUUUUAACGAAAAUAUGCAUAUAUUACAUAUAUUACUUUCAAUGUUAUUGAUUUCUAUCAUGAACUGCAUUACGCAAUGCCUGUGCACGUUUCCUAUAGGACAUCGCGUAUACUUUGGCAAGAACUAAAAAGGAAGUAGAAAAUGAAACUAGAAGUAAAGGAGUCCCGGUUUAUCGGUGGAUAAGCGGUGUUUUUUUUUAAAUACGCAAAAAUAUCAAGCAACUCAGAAUACGCAACCUUUCCCUGGACAUAAAUAACACUCAGUUCACACUUCUUGGAUCGACAAUCCUCCCUUUAUUGAUACAGUCAGAGUGAAGCAAAAUGGCCACUAUUCGAGUGCUGCUGCUGAAUACUCUAAAUGAUCUGCUGGAAGAAGAAUUCAAGAGCUUUAAAUGGCAGCUGACCAACGGCGUGGCAAAGGGUUUUAGUUCCAUAGCACGGAGUAAGCUGGAGAAAGCCAAGCACAUGGACGUCGUGGACCUAAUGGUGAACCAGUAUGGUCUGUCAGAUGCUGGGAAGAUCGCUGUGAGAGUCCUUCAGAAUAUCAGUCAGAAUAACCUCGCUGAGAAGCUUAAGAAGCAGCUUGCAGAAGUACAAGCCGAGACAGCAGAUGGUGUUGGUGCCUCAUCAAACUCAGCUCUGGCUCCCACAGCUCCUGGGUUUGCACAGAGCAUCACAGCUGAUACGAGCAGCAAGGUCAUGGCCCCUGUGAUUACUGGGGUGACAUUCAGUGGCCCAGUGAAUUUUAGCUUUAAGUGAGGUCAAAUCCUCUGUCUGCUUAGAAAAUAAAACAUUUUUGCAUUA